UUCAAUGUCAAGUUAUUUACUUCCAUCGAAGAUGAGCUAAUGAUACAGAUUAGGGAAUGCUUGCGAUUCCCAAGUACAAGUACAGGAAAAACUUGGAAAAAAACCAAAAUCAAUCAACGAAUAACAAUCCAGCAUGCAAAUCCCGUCAGACUGGAUUUUGAUCCAUCAAACGAAUUCUUUUUAGCACUUCAGGUUCGUCCCAGUUAUGUCCAGAGGAUUGACGCUUGGUAGGAGCAGCUGACUUCGGCGACAGAUCCGAACCGUCGCAAGCGCAGAGACAAAGUUUGCUACUUCGAAAUUCUUCCACAUCGACAUCGCAUUUGAGACAUUCCCUGCAUCGAGCCGUAUGUGAAGGAGAAACGAAUUUCACAUGCUUCGUUGAGCGCAAUGCUUUGACUGCAAGCGGCCUGCAGCGGCCUUCUGGUUUUCUUUCUGUAUUCUGAAGCUGCAUCGAGCUCAUCGAAAUCAUCACGUCAUCAAUUCCACCAUCUGAGCAGGAUAGAAAGCUAUGAUCCAAAAGCUCUCCCACUGAAGGACGUUCCGAUGGAUCAGGAUGGAGGCAGUCCAUGAGAAAGUCAAUACAAUCCAGUGACAACCCAGCGGGAAGAAUCGGAAGUUCUCCAUCGUCUGCCAGCAAUGAUCUCGGUGUGUCAAUGCAGCGAUGACAGGUCUUUCCCAUCAGCAGCUGCAACAUUGUGUAUCCCACUUGCCAUACAUCAUCUCUCGUGCUCCACACGUGAUCUUCAUCGUCGCUUCCUGGGGGACGGCAGACACAGCGACGGUGGGAUGGAUGGCACUCCCCGGGAUCGCAAAGGUGCAGGUUUGCGCUCUCGUCGCAAUCGGCCUCAAUCCAAAGAGUGUGAGGGCCAAUCUGCUUGUGACACUGCUGCCUCGCGUGAAGGGGUUGCAGAAGUAGCAGCAGGGACUGGGUCAAAAUUGCAACCUCCGGGUGUGUAAAUGGGCUGCCAUCAACCAGUUCAUCCAGAAACAGGCGAUCUUUCAUCUUGAUUUGCCUUGGAUGCCUCAAAAAAAAUCAACCAGAGAAAAGCCCUCCGUAAAUGUAGUCGAAGCUAACAGAACUCCUCAAAACGACAGUCAGUCUCGGUUCAACCUUGGGAAUUCCUUUGAUGCCAAUAUUCAACAGGGUAAAGUUAUCACAGGUGUUCAAUCCUCAGCCUUGACAACAGUCGUGGUUGAGCAUACGAACAAAUUCUGAAAACCUCACAAAGAUCCGAACUCGUGCGUUUUCCUGGGAUCGGGGAAGCAUACAAAGAACUAAGGCCAGGGGCUGCUGAGAAGAGGAGAUUAUUCGGGAUGGAAGAGAAAGAGAUGAAAGCUGGAGCAAGGGUAGGCGGGGUUCCUGCACGAAACCACCCAAGCAGAAGGGGACGGGAAGGAAGGGAGGAGGAGGCUGAG